AUGGCUGAAUACGCGAAGCCUGCCAAUCCACAGGGUAUGGCUAGUGACGUCCUUGACGCCGCGUUAGAGCAAUUACUUCGGUUUGAGCAUGUCCCUCCUCCGCAAAUAGAGGAUGGGAUUCCACCUCGUCGCCUAAGGACCGAAGUCCUUGAGACGGACCACUUGAUUGAUCAAAUCACCGAUCAACGGUCACCGACCCAAACAGGACCUCCUUCACCCCAGUCAAAUGAUACAUCUCUUGCUGCAGACAAGACCGUGGAAGAGGUUCCCGUACAAGACCGAAAGGAACGACAACGUCUUAUCUUCCUUCGGAAUGCGAUAGAGCUUCGGAGACGUCACUACGCCCGAGUCGCGGGCGCGCAGAAAAUUGCGGAAUAUAUUUUACAGUGCUACUCUUGGGGCUACCCCAUUGACUGGAUGUCAUGGGUCGAAGCUAUUCCCUAUCUUCAGGUGAAAUUUCCGAAAAGAGAUCCGAGGACAUACAAGAAGCCCCAGACCGCUGAGCCGGGGCUGGGUGCUUUGAUUUCGAAGGCUCGACCUACUAGAGCUUUAUUUACAGGAAUGGAAGACGGCAUAAUCGCAAGAAUUAUGGGGAUGUUGGAUUUUCCAACAGUACAUUCUCUUCGCCUGACCGCAAAGAGCUUCGAUAAUGUCUAUGGAGAGCAUUGGGAAGACAUUUGCGAUAAUAUCUAUGAGGACAAGCAAAAGAAGAUCUCAUAUAUCCCAGACUUCUAUACACCCAGUGGUUCAGCUGAGGAGGACUCUGAAGAAAAGUUGAGACAGCAUCACUACUGUACUGAUUGGGUUGUCCAGUCGAUUUUGCCAAACUAUCAUGAAUCAAGGGUAAUGAUAGAUGCUGACUCUGUACGGGUCUCAACGAAUGCCUUUUUGCAGAUGGCAUUGCAUCCACCACGAAGAAAUGGCAAUGGCGCCGGUGACGGUGAGGCAAGAAGCAACGGGAAUGGUAUUCAAAUAGAAAGAACGGAUGUGAAUCACCAACCCGUGAUUGUGGGCAAUGCAGAAGAACAUACCACAUUCAAUAUCUGGUGUAGCAAAAGUGCAGAAGUUGCUGCGGGGGCUAAUAGUGCUGCCGGGGAGAGUAUCGGAGGUAGUCAAGAACAAUCUCGCGGAAGACAAGACGCAAAGAGUUUUGCUGUACCCAAGUUUGCUAGGCCUCAGAUUGUGGAAGGCGAAACAUUUCCCUUCGCCGGUCUUCUAAAAUACGUUCUCGAAAAGCAUUUGGGGUCACCUAGAAGGAGUAAGGACAACCUUCCAAGAUAUCACAAACGCUUAGAUAUGAUAGAGAGGAUGGGUUUAAAAAAUCAAGCAGAUGAGAAGAAGGCAUUCCACUGGGCUCUUAACUUGGUAUUGUGGUAUUUGAAGAAGGAGCGGACGGUUUACUAUGGUAUUAGAAAUGAAUUUCUGAACCAAAUAAAGGAAGAAGAUGAGGAAGAGAAUGAAGAGGGGGAGGUGUUGACGAUUACUGAUAAGGAGUAUGUCGAGCGGUUGAAGCGCCUGAAACCGGUCCAGCUCUGGGAAUUAGUGAGGCUAAUAGAAGUCAAGUUAGAGGAUGUAAUAACUCUCCUAAAAGUUAAGGGGUUUCUCGAGGUUGAUGAAGACGAGGUUGAUAAAGCCGAGGUCAUGGAGGAGUUCAUAUUUGCAAGAAUAAAGCAGGUUCUCAAAAUGAAUUGA